UGAUCCGCUUAUCAUACCUAGCUGUAGGGUUAUAUUAGGGCAAAUUACGACGCGGAUUGGGGAAAAUUCAAGUGAUGAUCGAAAUUUUGGCCGAGAUCGCUAGCUGCCCGCUUCUCACCGAGAGUAUAAAUCUGAAGGUAGCGAGUGCUCGAGCAGCCAUUUGCAUCGAACCGUCCGAGGGUGAGGAUCGACUUGUCGAAAAGUUAGCGUGUGCGUGUAGGUCGUAGUGUCACACAGAGACACACACACACACAGCAGUUUUCCGCGACCGAUGGAUCCGAGCGGGUGCAUCACGCAAGCGCUGCGGCCAGCUGAGCCCGUCACGUAUCCGAUGAUGCAGAACUACAAUCAUCAGAGUCAGCAGCUCGCGAAUAACUCGGAUUACAGAAGCAUGACGAUGCAGACGAUCAAUUCGGACCAGUGCUACGAUAUGAACCAGGUCUCGCUGCAGAACAUGCCGAUGGAGCAUCCCAUAUAUCAGCCAGUCCCGAUGCAUCCGCACACGCAGAGCCUGAAAAAACUGCUGGAGGAGCUGAGGAAGUUGCCGCAGGAUCAGGACGUAACCGAGCCGGGUACGCAGGAGAAGAAGAUCGCGCUGAACAAUCACCGGCUCUUCCCGAUUCUCCGCAACGUCUUGUGCGAUCUGAAGAAGGAGAGCUACGGGAAACGCGGCCAGCGGCAGUUUUUCGCCGACGAGAAGCCCGAGAACAAGCCCAACGAGCAGCUCAUACGGCUGGACAAGAUGCUCAUCGCGGAGGGCAUCGCCGAGCCUCAAUUGGACGACACCUGCGCCACCCUCGCGAAACUCGAAGCCUCGUUAGGACCCCACGGAAUCGGCAACCAGGACUACCGCGACAAGCUGAAGCUGGUCAAGGUGUGGUACCACGGGGAGCUGGCCAAGUACAACAUGCACUGCAAGAGCUUCAAGGAGCACGUGAGGACGCUGCUGGCCGAGCAGUGCGCGACUCGGCCGAUCAGCGUCGAGGAGGCCGAGCGGACGAUCGACAUGAUCCACCGGAAGUUCGAGGCCGUGCAGAUCGUGCUUAAGCAGCAGACCUGCGAGUCCGUGAUGACGCUGCGCAGCCGGUGCCUCGACGCCAGGCGCAGGCGGCGCAACUUUAGCAAAGAAGCCUCGAAGAUACUCAAUGCCUACUUCUACUCGCACCUGCACAACCCCUACCCCAGCGAGGAGGCCAAGGAGGAACUGGCCAGGCAGUGCGAAAUCACCGUAUCCCAGGUGUCCAACUGGUUCGGCAACAAGCGCAUCCGCUACAAGAAGAGCACCGAAAAGCUCGAGGAGGGGGCCAGCAUGCACGCGAGCAUGGCCUACGACAUGCCCCCGAAAGUCCAGCAGGACUACCAGCUUCCGCACUACACGACUCCCUCGGCCAUGGGAUACGAUCAGCCGUACUACGGCCAACAGUCGAGCGUCUGACUCGACCUCUCUGAAUUGUACAUAAUUUAAUCUCUCGCGCCGUUUUGACAUCGGCCGAUUAUUAUUAUUUUUAAGUUUUAUCACAAUUCCAAUUCUACAUACACACGGCACGACGCCGAGCUUGAAUAAUUCUUCAAGCCGUAUGUCUCUAGCAUGUAAUCGUCAAUCGUAUAUACUUUUUUUAAUUAGUGUAUAUGAUAUAAUUAGUGUGCGAGUUGAAAUUUUUAAUUCUACAUAUAUACUUUUUUUUGUAUAUUUUUUUCAUUCGAUCGUUCAUACUUGCACCUCAUUUAGAUUCAGUUUACGUGCGUAUAUAAAAGUGAGCUUUACGCAGCUUCGCAAAAUUUCAACUCGUAUACAACAGAAUUGUACAUAAGUAAUUUUUCUGAAGAACUUGGAACUUUAAGCCCGUAUACGCCUGUCGAGAAAUUAGCUGUUAUUUCUAUUGCAUAAACAGCAAGAUCCUACGAAAAUA